CUCCAGAUUGAAUUUACGAACGCACCCUUAAUAUAUGGCUCUGGUUUUAGGCGGCAUAUUGUGACAUCACAACCAAUCCCCCACUCAGAAUGCGUGCGAAUGCUUAGUGGAAAUAACCGACACACCGAACAUGAGUGUUACUUUUUUUCUGGUGCCAUUUAGCGAACACCAGAGACAUACCUGUACGCCCCACACGGGGAGGGGUUUUGAAUGUUUUGUGUGACUGUCAAGUCGACUCUAAUUUGAAAUCGAGAAAAUAAGACGUCGGACUGAAGAUCAAACCUAUAGCUUACCGACUCCGGUCUGUUUUGCGGUCUAGUCCUAUUAUAUAUUUUUAUUGAGAAGCAAUCAGUCAAGGAAUAUUAAGUCUGUUCUGGUGUGGCGUGGUGCUGAGGAUUUUAUAUCCACCUCGUCUUUUUAGAAGAAUGGCGAGAGACGCUAAACAUUGCCCUGUAUCACCAAUGAAAAACAGUUUGUUGGUGUCAGCAGGGAUACUUCUGAUAAUUCAAGCUGCUUCGUGUCAGCGGGUGAGGGUGGAUCCAGAGGUGGAGGCGUACCCCACCGAGUCGGUCGACCUGCGCUGUCAGUUUGUCGAUGAAGGAAACACCAAGCUCACACAGGUGUCGUGGAUAUGGGAGCCCACGGAAGGCCAGAGGGACAACAUUGCCGUCUUUCACCCCAUAUACGGCGAGAGUUUCCCCGACUCGCCCUUCAACGGGCGUGUCCGCUUCAUCCAAGGCACCUUGACAAACCCCUCCAUUACCAUCACCAGCCUCAAGAUGGCCGACGCCGGGCGUUACACCUGCGAGUACGCCACUUACCCCAGCGGCAAUGAGCAAGGCACCACCAAUCUGGUCAUACUUGCGAAACCCAAGAAUUCUGCAUCUCCCGUUAUCGUCCAGGCCAGCACAAGCGGCAAACCAGUGGUCGUGGCCCAGUGUGAGGCGGCCGACGGCAAGCCAGCAGCCACCAUCAAGUGGAUGGGAGAAGUCGGUGGCACCGAUAACACCACCUCCAAAAAAGGUCUGGACGGCACGGUGACGGUGAGGAGCGUGUACCUACUGGUGCCCACGCCCGAGGACAACGGCAAGGAGGUCACCUGCAUGAUCAGCCAGCGCACUCAGGACAAGCCGCAGACCUUCCCCAUGAAGCUGUCCGUCGAGUAUCCCCCGACUGUGUCCAUAGUGGGCUAUGAUAACAACUGGUACAUUGGCCGGACCGACGCUGUCCUGACCUGCCAGGCCACUGGCAACCCUGUCCCCACCAACGUCACUUGGACAGCCAUGUCCGGUCGGAUGCCUGACACGGUACAGAUCGCCGACAACAAGCUGAUCGUGCGGAAGGUGGACGAGGCAGUGAACACCACUUUUGUCUGCGAGGUGAAGAACCGGCUGGGAGUGAGCAAGCACCAGGUCACCACGGCGGUCAUCGAGCAGCGAAAGAAAACAGCUGGGCCGUCGACGGCUGGCAUCAUCGGAGGCAUCAUUGGUGUGGUCCUCUUGCUGGUGAUCGUGGGCGCUGUCAUCAUGGUGGUCCGUAAACGCAAGCAGAACGCAGAGAACGGAGAUGGUCCUCCCAAGCACAAGCCCCCUCCGCCUGUGAAGACCGGCAGCUCCACAGAGAUGCUGAACAAGCAUGUCACAGACCCAGUGACGAAGGAGUUGACGGAGACCCAGCCUUUAAGUAAGGUCUACUACGAGACCAGCGGAGAGCCUGUCACGGAUCUGGAUGCCUGCGACGAUGACGAUGAUAACACCCUUGGCGGUGGAGCUGCUAAUGGUGGCAGCCCUGCUGUCCUGGAGGACUCGAUACAGUAUGCCGAUAUCGACGACACGCUAAAUGACGGAGCCCUGCCGCCGUACUCCGGCGCGGACGGUCACCACGUCGACGAGCCGCCAUCGACCACUGUGGCCCGCGGAGAAAGCUUUGUGUCGGCAGCCAUGUAUGUUUAGCAGAUGACGUUUUAGCCUCCGUGACGACGACAACAACAACAGCAACAACGUGCCUGUAGACCCAGGAAGGUUCUGGACCUAUCGGCACAACUCCAGCCUCCCGAUGUGGUCAGAUCCUAAAUGCAGUGUUUACUACUCUUGUGGUUCCGGAAAGGUCACCAAAGGUCACCGGAAACACAAUUCAAAAUAUCACCAGAAUUAUCACUCGAAACUGUUUGUUUAAAUGUUGCAGUGUUAUACUUAAGCAAUAAGGACCAAAGAUGGUGUAGUAUAUGACCAAUAUACCACGGCUAAGGGCUGUUCUUCUGGGUACAGCCCUUAGCCGUGGUAUAUUGGCCAUAUACUACAAACCCCCGAGGUGCCUUAAUGCUAUUAUAAACUGGUUACCAACGUAAUUAGAACUGUGGUAUACGGUCUAAUAUACCACAGCUUUCAGCCAAUCAGCAUUCAGGGCUCGAACCACCCGGUUUAUAAUGUACAGUAAGCAUCCUCAGACCAAAAUGCCGUUUUAUGGCAGUAUGAACAGAAUGAGGUUGUCACUGCUUUAUAACAUUGCACCAUGACACAGUUUAAGAAUCUGACUCAUGUUUUGGGUUCAAUCUAAAUCGCAAGAGCUGGCAAUACUGCGUUGUUAGGGUAACGAAGUGUGACAUGUGCAAACACAAUUAUCAAUGAGCGUGCAAUUCCCUCCCCCACAGGAAAGAUUAACAUUUAAGUUAAGUUAAAAUUAUAAGGAUUGUAUUUUCAGUGUCAAAAUACCCAGCAUAUAUUAUAUAUUGGAAAAUACUGCCAUUAGUACCAAUUUAUGUAGAUUAAGUGGCUAUUAUACGCUGUAAUAUAUGCUGUUUAUUUUACACGCAGUGAAAUAUGUAUUGAAAUCUUUUCUAUUUUAGUUUUAUUCUAAAGCCUUUUAUGUACCUAACCACAAAUGUGCAAAACAUCAUUGAUGAACAAUUAUGUGAGACCGUGUCAAGUUGGUCAAAGAUGUCAAAGUGAACCAAAUUAUCAAAGAACACUGUAAAUAAUAUUGCUGAUUAAUAUAUUGUCGGUGAAAUGUGUGCACAUAAAAUAAAAAAAGAGUGUAGGUGUUUUCAGAACCUCUAUGUAUAGGGGUGUCAGUUUCCAUGUGAAAUUGGAAAAAAAAAAAGUAUACAUUUUACGGGUAUUGAGGUUGUCAGUCACAAUGCUUAUGUUUUUAAUCUAAAAAUGCUGUGGAUUUUAGUCCUUUAUAACUCUGCAUGGCAUGAUCGGUGGCUUGUUUCAAUCAGUUGGCUCACUUUUUCCCAAGGCUACUUACAGACACCAGGGCUUAUACUUUUUGAAUGUUGUCGACGUCUUUGCGUUCCUCCGUUGUAUCGUCUACUUCAAGCACAAACACAUGGAUAUAGAGCAGCGGGUGGUUUAGGCCGUACAGAAAGGCGCACGGCACAACUUGAAAUAUCUUUUUGCCGAUCCAUAAGUCAGUCAGCAUAUGGCUACGUUCUUUCCACAGGCUGCUUACUGCAGGGUGCAAUAAACAAAGAGUUGCAUGUAACUCUUGCUGAGUAAUGGGAACAAAUCAUUGGUUCUGGCUGUUCCAAAGAGCUCGAGUCGCACAAUUCCAUGAGGGCAUUGUUCUGUGUCACCUCAACAGACAGCGAGUAUAGCCUUGCUUGUCUCUAAGUACAUUAGCUUGUUGAAUAAAAAAAACGUCGCAAAGAAAAAGACGAACAUGAACAAAAAGCACAUGUAGAUAUGUAAGUAAAUAAAUAGAUACUAUGACACUAAUGAUUGCUAGACAGAUGUAGACAAAUAGAUAUGGUAUAUAGACUGCUAGGUAGACGGGCAUACAGAGAA